AUGGCAACGUCAGCUUGGGACAAAGCAUUCAUCUCAAACAACUCUCUGCGCUACGCCAUCGUCCACAUUUUGCGGCUAGUAAAUAUCUUCGAUGUCACAUUCGUCGCCCUGCAACUAGGCAUCUCAAGUUUACGGCAGCAGCAAUGCCAAAGUCAACCCAGUAUCGUUUUCCCAUUCCGUGGAAGCAGGCAUGGUAGCCUCCUCAAGCUACUGGGUUGGACGAUACCUGCCUGGUGGAUCUAUAUGGAAGACGAUGCGCUAUCGGCGGCUAGCACUUGGCAAAAUCCAGAUACCGAGAGAUUCACGUCCAGUGUUGGGUCCAGGCCUAGACUCUCUCUCCCCGCCCUCGCUUCGAACAAGCUAGCCUUUUGGCAGACCGCCGUCGACCGCCUCCCAACGCCAACCAGCGCCAUCAGCCCCAACAAAACCCUCCCCUUUUCUCACCCGAUCCGGCAAGUGCACCAAGCAUGCGAGACCACCGCCAUUGUGGUUCGUUGGAGUCACUGGAAAGGCUCUCGUCAGCCCUACGUCCACGCACGGAACGCUUCUUUGGAAUCAGAGACAAUGUCGAGCAGAAGCGUCGCCAUCACUUGGGCGGGUACUUCAGCCGAUCCUCUGCACCCGGACUUGAUAAUCCGGGCUUGCUCAGUAAUCACCUUGGUUGUCAAAGAGGUUCAAACACAAGACGGGCCGGGAUUGCACUGGAACCACUGGAUAACAUUAGCAGCUGCGCGCGGGGCGGUCACUUCUUGCUCUGAUCUUCAAACUCUCAUCAUCUGCGCCCUGGGAGGCAGCCUCGAUUGGCUGCUGUUUUCAGUUCUGGUUGCGACCCUGUUGAAACACAAAGCCAUGACAGGGGCCAAGACGAAGCCACUUGUUUCGGCGAAAGUCAGCUGUAUUGAGUCACCUCAGCUUCAUUGGGGAAAUGCCCCUCAAGUAGCGUUGACUAUCGCUCUUUCUAGCGACUAUUAUUGGGGCAUUCCCCAGACCAGCGUAUGGAAGGAGAAAAUCAGAUUCGACUGUCUCAUUAGCAGAACGCGCUUGGACGCCCAGCCGUUGGUUCAUAGUGGACGUGCCAUUGCGGGUGGAUCAUCAACACCUUCUCUCCUAGCGGGAAGAACAUAUCAUCCCCUCGAUCGCGGUCGUUGUGUCCGUCAUCGGGCCUUACGGAUACAAUUCACAACCCCUCCCGAGAAAGAAUGCUGGAGCCUGAGCCACCAUAUCUUGGCAAGAGUCCGAACACGCGGAGACAGUCGAUCGCAUCUUGCCGUUCGUACCCAAUGGAGCGGCACUUUUGAGGUGAUCUCGUUUGCUGCGCGGUAUACCGGUACUUCUUCUGGCCUCGUAGCAGCUUUUGCCCUCGCCAUCGCGCAACCAGACUGA